GCCCCCCUCCCCUCCCUCCCCCAUCCAACCACUCACCUCUCAUUAACUCUCCUCCCCUUUCCCCUAAUAUUAAUCCCCACGCGCGUCACUCACUUUACAAAUCUCUCUCUCUCUCUCUCUUACUGAUUUAUCAUAACUUAACCACCCCACUAUACGGUACUGCUUCUUGUGCCACUUCACAAAUUAACCGGCGGAAAUGAGCUACGAAGGCCCAUUUUCCGGCGACUGCGAUGCCGGAAAGGGUGGUGAUCAUCAUGAGCCGAGGCCGGAGAAAGGAGAAGGGAGUAAUAAUGAGAAACCCAGAAAAGUGGCAUUCCGCAAACUAUUUGCAUUUGCUGAUGUGUACGACUACUUUCUAAUGGGGAUAGGAUCCGUGGGAGCGUGCAUUCACGGUGCAUCAGUCCCCGUUUUCUUCAUCUUCUUCGGGAAGUUGAUAAACAUCAUUGGAAUUGCUUAUCUCUUCCCUGCCUCCGUUUCUCACAAGGUCGCCAAGUACUCAUUGGAUUUUGUAUAUCUCAGUGUGGUGAUAUUAUUUUCGUCGUGGACUGAAGUGGCGUGUUGGAUGCAUAGUGGGGAGAGGCAAGCGGCGAAAAUGAGGAUGGCAUAUUUGAGGAGCAUGUUGAAUCAAGAUAUUAGCCUUUUUGACACUGAAGCUUCAACCGGCGAGGUUAUUUCUGCAAUUACCACUGACAUUAUCGUGGUUCAAGACGCCAUCUCUGAGAAGGUGGGGAACUUCAUACAUUACAUGAGCCGUUUUGUGGCAGGGUUUGCAAUAGGGUUUUUGAGUGUGUGGCAAAUCAGCCUGGUCACACUGUCCAUCGUCCCAUUAAUCGCCAUCGCCGGCGGCGUCUACGCCUAUGUCGGCACCGGUCUUAUUGCCCAAGUUCGAAAAUCCUACGUCAAGGCUGGAAACAUUGCUGAAGAGGUAAUUGGAAAUGUUAGAACGGUGCAAGCAUUUGCGGGAGAAGAGAGAGCAGUAAAAUCAUACAGAAGAGCUCUCCGGAAUACUUACAAGUAUGGGAAGAAAGCAGGAUUAGCCAAGGGCCUGGGACUAGGCACACUGCACUGUGUCCUUUUUCUUUCCUGGGCAUUGCUUGUUUGGUUCACUAGUAUUAUUGUUCAUAAGCACAUUGCAAAUGGCGGAGAAUCUUUCACCACCAUGCUCAAUGUUGUUAUUGCUGGCCUGUCACUGGGGCAGGCUGCUCCAGAUGUCUCUGCAUUUAUCCGAGCAAAGGCAGCUGCCUAUCCUAUUUUUGAGAUGAUUGAGAGAAACACUAACAGAACUAGCUCUAAAACUGGUCGGAAACUAAACAAGAUAGAGGGCCACAUUCAAUUCAAGGAUGUACGUUUUAGUUACCCUUCUCGCCCUGAUGUUAUUAUAUUCAAUAAAUUCUGUCUUGAUAUUCCUUCGGGGAAGAUAGUGGCUCUUGUGGGAAGAAGUGGGUCUGGAAAGAGCACGGUUAUAUCUUUGAUCGAGCGCUUUUAUGAGCCUCUUUCUGGACAGAUACUCUUGGAUGGGAAUGACAUCAGGGGGCUUGACCUCAAGUGGUACAGGCAAAAUAUUGGGUUGGUUAAUCAAGAGCCUGCACUUUUUGCUACAAGCAUUAGGGAGAACAUUGUCUAUGGAAAAUAUGAUGCAACCCUUGAUGAGAUCACACGUGCUGCAAAACUUUCAGACGCUAUUUCUUUCAUUAAAAACCUUCCUGAUAGAUAUGAAACUCAGGUUGGCGAGAGGGGCAUACAGUUAUCUGGUGGACAGAAGCAAAGGAUUGCAAUAUCACGUGCAAUAGUGAAGAAUCCAUCAAUACUACUACUGGAUGAAGCUACUAGUGCACUUGAUGCUGAGUCCGAGAAGAGUGUGCAGGAAGCACUAGAUCGUGUAAUGGUGGGACAAACAACUGUGGUGGUUGCUCACCGGCUUUCCACCGUUAGAAAUGCAGAUGUGAUAGCUGUUGUUCAAGAAGGGAAAAUAGUUGAGACUGGGAACCAUGAUGAGCUCAUUUCAAACCCAAACAGUGCCUAUGCAUCCCUUGUUCAGCUCCAAGGAGCAGCUUCUUUACAGCAUCACCCCUGCCAGGGAACUACCAUGGGACGGCAACUUAGUAUGAAGUAUUCACAUGAAUUAUCCCAUAGAACGAUGAGCUUUCGUGGAAGUUUUCGGUCUGACAGAGAAUCUGUGAGCCAAUUUAGUACUGAUGGUGCAGAGACUGCAGAGUCCAGACGUGUUUCAGUAAAAAGAAUAUAUUCCAUGGUGGGUCCUGACUGGAUUUACGGAGUGUUUGGCACCAUUGGUGCACUCAUUGCUGGUGCCCAGAUGCCUCUGUUUGCUCUUGGGGUCAGUCAGGCUCUUGUAUCAUAUUACAUGGACUGGGAUACAACACGGCAUGAAAUCAAGAAAAUUGCGCUCCUCUUUGCUGGGGGUGCUGUUGUCACUGUCAUCGUUCAUGCCAUUGAGCAUCUCUGCUUUGGAAUCAUGGGAGAACGCCUCACACUUCGUGUGCGAGAAAUGAUGUUUUCUGCCAUUUUGAGGAAUGAGAUUGGAUGGUUCGAUGAGACAAACAACACAAGUUCUAUGCUUACAUCUCGUCUAGAAACUGAUGCAACUUUGUUGCAAACUAUAGUUGUUGAUCGUUCCACAAUUCUCAUACAGAAUGUAGGCUUGGUUAUCACUUCAUUCAUUGUUGCCUUCCUUCUGAACUGGAGGAUCACACUUGUUGUCUUGGCCACAUAUCCAUUGAUCAUUAGUGGUCACAUCAGCGAGAAACUCUUCAUGCAAGGUUAUGGUGGCGACUUGAGCAAAGCAUAUCUCAAAGCUAACAUGUUUGCUGGUGAGGCUGUGAGUAACAUUCGAACUGUUGCUGCAUUUUGUUUAGAGGAAAAAGUCUUAGACCUUUAUGCUGGUGAGCUCGUUGAGCCUUCCAGGCGUUCAUUCACUCGUGGUCAGAUUGCUGGCAUACUUUAUGGCAUCUCUCAGUUCUUCAUAUUCUCAGCCUAUGGUCUUGCUUUAUGGUAUGGUUCUGUUUUGAUGGGGAAAGAGAUUUCUGGCUUUAAAUCAAUCAUGAAGGCAUUUAUGGUUCUGAUAGUCACAGCAUUAGCUAUGGGUGAAACGUUGGCAAUGGCUCCGGACCUUCUAAAGGGAAACCAGAUCGUGGCAUCAAUCUUUGAAGUAAUGGACCGAAAAACUGAGGUCAUAGCAGAUGUUGGAGAAGAACUAACGAGAGUUGAAGGUAUAAUUGAGCUAAGAGAUGUCCGGUUCAGUUACCCUUCGAGGCCUGAGGUUGUUAUUUUCAAAGAUUUUAAUCUUAGAGUGAAUUUGGGCAAAAGCAUGGCAUUAGUGGGUCAAAGUGGCUCUGGGAAAAGCUCAGUGCUUUCUCUUAUACUUCGUUUUUAUGAUCCAAUAUCUGGGAAGGUGGUGAUUGAUGGGAAGGACAUCAAGAAACUUAAGCUCAAAUCCCUUCGAAAACACAUUGGCCUAGUCCAACAAGAACCGGCACUCUUUGCAACAUCAAUCUAUGAAAACAUCAUCUAUGGAAAAGAAGGAGCCUCAGAAGGAGAGGUAAUUGAAGCAGCCAAGCUUGCUAAUGCACACAGCUUCAUCAGUUCCCUUCCCGGGGGAUACUCAACCAAUGUUGGUGAGCGAGGUGUACAACUAUCUGGGGGCCAGAAGCAAAGAAUAGCCAUUGCCCGAGCUAUUUUGAAGAACCCAAAAAUCUUGCUACUAGACGAAGCCACAAGUGCUCUAGAUGUAGAGUCUGAGCGUGUGGUGCAACAAGCUCUAGACAGGUUGAUGAAGAACAGGACAACUGUGAUGGUGGCACAUAGGUUGUCCACCAUUAAAAAUGCAGAUGAAAUAUCAGUUAUACAAGAUGGGAAGAUAAUAGAGCAGGGGACUCACUCUAUGCUCUUAGAGAACAAGGAUGGACCAUACUAUAAGUUGGUCAAUUUACAGCAACAGCAGCAACAAUAGCUGCAGUAAUAGCUAGCAUUAAUAUAAUCAGAUUACUCAAAUGAUUUAAGUUAGGGUACAUUGUUUCAAUACUACCUGUUUACCCUUUUUUGGGUUCAUUUUCUUUCUUUUUUUUUUUUUUUUCUAAAUAAUAAAAUGUGUUGGAAGAUGAUAACCACACAGAUUUGAAGAUGUACAAAAGAGAAGCCGCAUUUUUUCUGUGCUA